AUAUUAGUUUUGAAAGGACUUAUCCUCGCGCACAACAUAAUUGAUAGCCUUCCCGGACGCAUUAUUUUUCCCCCCUUCCAAUUCGCGAUAUGUUCUCACUGAAAAAAAUAUGGAAAACAUUUUAAAAGAACAUUUUGAAAUUAAGAAUCCAUAUGAAAAAUGAUAGUACUAGUACUAUUUUCAUGUACCCCGUACCGUAUGGCGGCUGAAUAUUAUUGAUCACCGUUGAAUCAAGAAAUAAAAAAUAAUCUAGUCGGGUUUCUACAAAAAAAAAUGAAAGCCACUUAAGUGAAGAUUACUUCAUGUUUUUCAUCUGAGACGCAUUUCGGAUUUUGGUUGAUUGCUGGAAUUUGGAGAGCUUAUUACUUGGGUUUGGAGAGCUAAGGUGCAGUACCAAAUCAAUGGACGAACGUACGGCGGCAUUGUUCUUCCUGUUUGCAAUGGUGUUCUCCACCAUGUCGGCUCCCAUCUUUGAAGAAGCUGACAGUGAUAGGUGGCUUGUUCCGUGGCGACCAUUGGCGUUUACUGAACCCAAAUGCUUCUACAAAGAUGAGUGCCUCAACAUCGACGGUAAUGAGAAAUGCAAAAAGAUAUAUUGCUGCCGCUUCCUAAGGGACACUGAGAAACCAACUUGUAAGACUUCCGAAAAUGAGACUUAAUCAGGUUCUCUCUGAGGGUUUAUUGAUGUACUAGCACCAAACAUGCACAGUAACGGAGCGGUCUUCUGAAAUAUUUUUAACGCUACGAUGGAUUUCUUUAGAAUUUCAAUUUUUUCUUCUUCUUACUCAUAACAUGUCAUAUCACGUUUUCAUCUGCUUCUGAUGCUUAAACCAGACUUAAUAAGAAACAGUUUCAUUAAAUAUUAAUAAUGACUAGCUUCAUUCCUCACAGAGAACGGAAUCUUAUGAGAUUAGAUAAGUAUCAGAAGAUGUCUACUUUCGUGCAUUUUAAAUAAAAGUUUGGCUCCAUAUGAUUUCUUAUUCCCUUGGUGUACAGUUGUCAAGGGCAGGGAGUAGGAGGGCAUUAGGAGAUAAUCAUAAAUAGUUGUACUGGAGGUUGAAAGUACUGGAAGAUGGUAAAUCAAUAGUAAUUGGCAUACACGUUACAAUCAUUCUGUUUUAUUUUUUCGUCAAAAAUGAUAUAUGAUACAUUAUGCUCUUGAAUCAGUUAUUUGAUAUUUUUUAGAUUUUUUUAGGAGUUGCAGACGUGCAUCAAACCAAUAUACACAUGUCAAAAAUGAAAUACUUGAUAUUUUUUUUUAUAAACAACGUGAAAACCACAGUAUCAUAAUUACUGUACGUAUAUAUAUGAAUGAUAAAGAGCAAGCUAUUGCAUGAAUAAAAAAAAUCGGAAAAUUUUAAUCCAUCACUUGUUAUUUAAAUGCCUUGAUUAUUUGAAGGAGUGAUGGCUUAGCCAUGCUGGUUGCAGAAAUACAGGCGUAGCCAGCCAUCUUGCUGAAAGAACGUGUAAUUCAUUGGCGCGCCGCCGCGCCGCUCUGGAUACGUUCUGUAUGCCC